GACAUACAAAGUGCUUACUAUAUUUUUCAUUCUGUAGAGGAGUUCAAAACAUUAAGAUGGAAAAAGUAUUCUCCUUUAUUACAGUGGUCACGGUUUUAGUUUGUGUAAACGCAACAUGUAAUAAAUGCCAGCAAAAUGGUGUUGCUUGUAUUAACAAAACUUCUUUCCAACCAUGCCAUGGAGGAUCGAAACCCUAUUCAAAUCAAACAUUUAACUGCCCCGAUGGUAUGGACUGCACAGAGUUACCUAAUAUUUGCUUUCAAAGAGGCGGAUGGGAUCCAAGCUGUGAUAAUUUAUCAAAAUGUAAUAUUUGUAAUACAAAUAGAGUAUUUGCAUGUACAAGUCAAACAACAUUUGCAUUUUGUUUCGGUGCAACGACUUCAUCAAAUGUUAAAGGCACUUGUCCAAAGGGAUAUGUUUGUGUCUUAACGUCAAAUUCAAUUUGUGUUCCUUUGCAAAUUGGAGCAAAACCAUCAUGUGAUAUUUUGCAAGAAACUACAAGAGUAUUUAAAUAAGUUAUAAAAAAUAAUUUUG